AAAUAAACCGGACCAGAACAGUUGGUCACACACAAUUUUAACUUCGUUUACUGUCGUCCUCAUAUCCAGUCUGGUUUCCGUCAGCAGUUGAUUUGUCGGUGGUUUUGGAUCCAGCAACUGGACAGGAAUCAUCCGAAGCGAGGAGCGUCCUGGGCGUGUUUGCUCUUGGAGCGGUGUGUUUUCUGUGCAUGGCCCUUGGAGUGGGAGCAGCAUGAGCGGGGAGCCUGAUGCCUUGGCUGUGGUGAAUCAGCUGAGGGACUUAGCUGCCGACCCCCUCAACAGGAGAGUUAUAGUUGAAGAUCAGGGCUGCUUCUCCGGCCUCAUCCUCUUUCUCGACCAUCCCAAUCCUCAAGUCGUCUACUCCGCACUCUUGGCGGUGCGUUACCUGGCAGAAUGCCGUGCCAACCGGGAGAAGAUGAAGGGCGAGCUGGGAAUGAUGCUGAGCCUGCAGAACGUCAUGCAGAAAGGCACGUCUCCAGGAGAAACCAAGCUGCUGGCCUCUGAGAUCUACGAGAUCCUGCAGAACUCCAGCAGUGCAGAGGCUGAACAGGCAGAAGCCGGAGCCUCCUGUAGAAGAAAAGCCCAGUUCUUCCUGGGCGCAACCAACAAACGGGCCAAAACUGUGGUGCUUCAGAUUGAUGGGCUUGAUGAUUCGUCUCGGAGGAGUCUUUGUGAGGAGGCUCUGCUGAAGAUUAAAGGAGUCAUCAGUUUUACCUUUCAGAUGGCCGUGAAGAGAUGCGUGGUCAGAAUCCGCUCAGACCUGAAGGCAGAGGCCUUGGGAACUGCUAUAGCUUCAACCAAAGUCAUGAAGGCACAGCAGGUUGUGAAAGGGGAAGAUGGAGCAGAGCUUGUAAUCCCAUUCCAGGAAGACUCGGACGUGGUUGUGGAGCAGAAUCUGAAUUUGCCGGAUUAUCUGCCGGAGGAUGAGAGCCCGUCUCAGGAGCAGCACAAGGCAGUGACGCGCCUGGGCUCUGUUCAGGAUGGCGUGAGCUGGCUAAACACGGCCGCUAACUUCCUGUCCCGCUCGUUUUACUGGUGACCCCACGGCUCCCGCAUGACCCGCUCAUUUUACAGCCCUGCCUCCACGCGCAAGACUGCCGAGUGCAUCUCGCAAUAAACUUACAGCCCUGUUCCAACUUCACAAAAAAACGCCACGAGCGGCGGCAGUAAACGGUACGCGAUCAAAACCCGCUCCUGAAACCUGCGUUUAGCGCUGCAUACAAACCACACCAGACACUAAAACCAGAGAGCAGCCGGGAGACGUUCACAGAAAGUAUUUUGUGUCUAUUUGCUCUCUCUCCUACUCACCGUAUUGUUUGUUUGUUUGGUCAGGAGAAGGUUCUCGAACGAUCUGGGUUUCCCCGCUGGGUCGAUGUUUUCUAAAUUUCUACGAUUUUUUGGGGUGAUUUCGGAUGUGGUCUAACCCUUCAUCUCAGCUUUCUUGUACAUUUUAUACAACAUUUUCUUUUGAUAUCCUAAUAUUACUUUAUUAAUUCAUCUUUUCAAAGCAUGAUGCCUUUUUUUUUUUUUUUUUGAGAUCCACUUUCCUUCUGUGUGUGCCUUUUAUAUAUUACGUAGCUUGUUUUCUUGGUUUUAAAUUCUCUUCAUCUGCUUCGACUGAAGACAUGAGUUUUAGGUUUGUAAUGUGUUGAUGGUUCAGGGAACUGAUUCCGUAUGAUAAAUCUUUCACACUCCAGCACUGGCUGGUGUGCAGUAAUAAUAUUAAUUUGAUAAAUGAAUAAAUAACGGUUUGAUGCCUCCAGAUAAGGGAGGCGAAAAUGGAA